CAAUACUCAUUAGCCAAUAGCCAAUAAUAUUAUCCAUGAUACAUUGAUAUAUUAUGAUAUUGUCAAUUUAUUAUUGUUAUUGUUGAUGUUGAUGUUUUGUUAGAGUUUAUCCAUCCAUCCUAUUCCUAUACUAUUCAUAAUCAUCAUCACCACGACCACAUCACAUUACACUUCUCAUUUUAAACUUAACCUAAUCUAAUUUCAAACGAACGUUUCUGAUAUAUAGUGUAUAUUUAAUUGACAUUUAAUUAAUUAGUCUUCUUGUAUGCAAUCCAACAUUGACGAUGUACGAAACCGGGACCCUGUUUACCCUAUUUUAUAUAAUUUGCUCAUAUUGUUUCGUAUUCAAAACAAAUGAAUUUUUUACUGCUGGAUUGACUGUAGAAAGCCUAUUCGGAAGGAUCAUAGGCAGUGAAACGGAAAAUUUUGUUUUUUAUCACAUCAAACGAUCAACAUACACAAUGUUCAUUCACAGUUUUAUUCCAAUAGGUUACAAUAUUGGUAUGUUUUGGAUUGCAUACUAUCCCUUGAUACAGAAAGGUUUAUGCCUGAUGAACAUUAUCGGAACGAUUGGCCUAAUUCUUCCGAUAACAACAGGAGUCAUUGUGUACAGGUGGAGGAAAAACAACUGGGAAGAACAUCCAAUAUCAAAAAGGCUUGCUUUAUUCAGUGGAAAUGCUGGUCAAAUGAAUUGGCGAACUUUGGCAUCUGAUAUCAAUGUUGAGUUCCGAAGGGUGAAUAAAAUUAUCAUUAAGUGUGGUACACUGGUGGAUGUGGUAGUGACGGAAAACUGGAUUAUCAAGGUGACUCCUUACAACAUGUACUUUGCCCAUCAGAGCAACACUACACUCUCACUGGACACAGCUGAUACUCACGCACUAGCAGUGAACGGCUCAGGGUCUGCGCAGUUCCUUAACAUCAAGGUAUCCUUCACUCAGAGAGGUUCCCAUCAUUUCUACAUCAGAUUAAAUGCUCUAGACUAUAAAGAUCUGAAAGACAAAGUUCUACGACCUAUCCAAGUUGCCCAAGAUAUUGUAUUCCACCAAACGAAAGCUGAGCAGUUUGUGGAAGUAUUCAAAGAGCAAGUUUACCUAAACCCUCGACAUCACCCUACUGAGGAAUUAGAAAUGUGCAUUGGAUGUAUGGUGAAUUUAUCCAACAUCAAAUUAGUGAAACACUGUAUAGAUGAAGGAGUUGACCCAUGCGGUAACUGUUACUGCCGGCCCAUGUGGUGCAUUUCCUGCAUGGGACGAUGGUUCGCUUCUCGUCAGGAUCAAGAUCAUCCUGAAGUAUGGUUGUCCUCAAAGUGUACUUGUCCUAUGUGCCGCAGUGUAUUCUGCAUCUUAGACGUCAGUUUGAUACAAGAAACACAAGCGGAUGAACUGAACUGAGUUAAUAAACAUGACAGUUACCAAGGAAAAUGUAUAUUUUGGAAAUAAGUGCUUAACUUUGUACCGCUCAGUUUCAGCUGUGAUUUUAUAAGAUUUUAUAUUUAAAGAGAAGAAAAAAGUUUAAGUUUUUAUAGGUUUUGAGAGAAAGAAGUUUUCAUUUAUUUUUGUUCUGAGAGAGCAGCAAGUCUCUGUUUUUUUCUACUCCGAGAGAAAGUGAAAGUUUUAGUUUUUUUAGAGAAGAAAGAAGUUUAAUUUUGUUGCUCUUAUAAAUUAAGUACUGUUAUAAAAGGGGUAGACCCUAAUCCUCUUUUCCCUGAGGAUCGUCCUUACUUAUUUGUGGUUUUACGUGAAAGAAGAACUGCCCAUCUGCCUUAUCGACAGUUAAAUAUUUCGCAAUAAAUAGUUUAAUUUGUAUUUGUGUUUAAGUAAACCAUUAGUAGUCCAUAAAUAAAAAUGUUUCUCAGGUGGAUCAGUAGGUAAGAUGUGUUUUUGAAUGAAACCUCAUGAUUAAAAAAAUAUUGUAACAUGUUGACUUCUGGUUUACAAAGAAGUGGACAAUAGUGUAAUACCCAAACCCCAACUAAGAAAACAAAAUGUAAAUAAAUUGUUGCUCAAUGCAUUAUUUCCUAAAUUUUUUCCAAACAGUUGUGUAAUAUUAAUACUUUUGCAUAAUGAUGAUUUCCCUUAAGUUAUCAAAAUUUAAUUUUUGUUAUUUAAAUGUGCAUAUUUUGUAUGGAGUUCUAUGCUUUCAAUCAUUUUUGUUAUUUUAAUGAAUUGUAGAAAUUGGGUUUAUAAUCCAAGUAAUUUUUUAAAGAUAAGUAAUUGUUGUUUUGUUCCAUAAUCUUAGUUGUGUCUUAACAUAAUUGCUAUUUUCACACAUUACCAAUCUUGCACAAGUCUGUAUGUGUUUGUCCCACUGUAUUAUGUUAAUGUCCUAAUAAUAUUGAAAAGUUUGAAACAGGUAAUAAGGAAGAGUAUUUAGUACAUAUUUAUAAUCUUGCAAACUAAGUUAUAGAAAAUUUAACUUAUAGCUUUUUUGUAAACUAAAUACUUGAAAUACUGUUUCAAGUGACGUUAUUGUGAUAAAACUAAUAAAUUAUUUCUUAAAAUUAUGUGUGUUUUUAUUAAAUUUCCAUUUUCCCAGUUAUAAAAUCAAUGUAGCCUUCGCUACUGAAGAUUAGAUUUUUGCGGAA